CAAGCUCUCGUGCCAGAAACAUCCGUCAGAGCCGCGGAGCUCUGCUGGCCUGCUGGUGCGUUCCCGAACCGUGAAGCUCGCUCGCGGCUCUCGCACGCUGCUCUCUCCUGUCUCCGGCAGUUUGGCCCGGGUCAGGCCGACAGACGCAGAGAACCGAUCACGCGCCGUUUCCAUUCGACAGGCUCGCGUCACCCGCGCGUCGAUCCUCGGUGAUAAGUACUCGUAGCUAGAGAACCAGCUCCCUCGAUGGAGAUCAUCGCCGGAUGCCCAGUGUGUGUUUAUGUGAAUUCCAAGUGGUGAACUCUGGUUUCCUCUAAAUGCGUCGGGAUCAUCGUGGACCCGGGUGAUCCCUCGCGGUGACAUUCGACGGUACAAGGAUUGUCCGCGAUGUGUGCUUUUGGUGCCGGGAACUGAGUGAUUAACCCGCAAUUCGGAUGGUGCACCUCGGACAUGAUAGUUGCUGAGUAAAGUACCCAAUCGAGACCAGCCUGAUAUUAUCCAAGUGCAAGAAAAGCUACAGUUAGUGUGUUACCAAAAGGAAGAGUGGAUCGGACAGUGUCGAAACACCCUCCGACAUCCGAGGAAAGCCUGCAGCAGCGAUGCGGCGGACUUGACUCCGCGUAGCCCACUUGGAAUCCCAUCCCGACCCGCCGCAAGUGUGUCCCGUCAGCCAAGCGUGCGAUAAUCGUACGAUGAUGCCGCUCGCGCCGACGCCAAUCGUUCCGGUGCCCACGAAGCCGAAGAUCGGCUUCAGCAUCGACUCAAUCGUGGGUGGCGGCGGGCAGGGCGGUCGAGAGGACAGGUUGGACCGUUUGGAGCGGGUGGAGAUUGAGAGGGAUGGCAGCCCUAUGGAUGUCGAAGGCUCAUCUUCGCCUAGGAGUCGUCGGGUCACAGCGAGAUCACCUGGCGCUCAUUCCGAAGGCUCCGAUAGGCCUGUAUCGAGGAGUUCCUCUAUAGAAUCAUACCCUAACUCCCGGCGAACGCCUUCGCACGGUCUCCAUCAUCAUCACGGGAACCAUCACGGGCACCAUCAUCAUCUGACCGCCGCGACGCACCUGGACUUCAGUAGAACGACGGUGCACAGUCACAGCGGCGGGUCCACGCCCAAUAACAGCCCUAGUCCUCCUCACAGGAUAUCGCACGGCGAUUCCCCGGUUGGCGCACAUCCUCAACCGCCGCCAGGGGUUGUCCGACCUAGUCCGAAUUAUCUAGCGCCGCCGCCGGGCGCGGCAACUGCGGCUGCUGUCGCCGCGGAACAGCUCAAGUCCCUCUACGGGAUACCCGGACACGGCCCGGCUGGCCCGCAGACCGGCCAGAACGAGUACCACACGCAGCAAUUGGCUUUGGCCGCGAACCUAGCGGCCGCGCAACACUUCCAGGCUGCGAACCUGGCGGUUGCCCUUCAAGCGCACCACGGCGCGUCGCCUCAUGGACCGCCGCACGGACCCUACCCCCAUGGAGGCGCGCCCGGAGCACCUCAUCCGCCGCCGCAUCCCCAUCAACCGCCUAGGGACAGUUACCCGCUCUAUCCGUGGCUACUGUCCAGGCACGGACGCAUCUUCCCGCACAGAUUUCCUGGAGGUCCCGACAUCCCCGGGUUCCUCCUGCAACCAUUCAGGAAACCGAAGAGAAUAAGGACAGCGUUCAGCCCCAGCCAAUUGCUGAAACUCGAGCACGCGUUCGAGAAAAAUCACUACGUGGUCGGCGCCGAAAGGAAACAGCUGGCGCAGGCGCUCUCGUUGACGGAAACGCAGGUGAAGGUCUGGUUCCAAAACCGGCGGACGAAGCAUAAGCGUAUGCAGCAGGAGGAGGAGGCUAAAGCGCAGCAGCAAUCCGGCGGCGGGGGCGGUGGAGGCGGUGGAGGCGGCGGCGGUGGAGGAGGUGGUGGCGGUAACGCGAACAACAACAGCAACAACAAGAACACCCAUCACGUGAGCAAGUGGCAGCAGGAGACCGGUGACUAUCAUCACGAGGAGGAGGAGGAAGAGGAGCACAUCGAUCCGGAGGCCGAGGAGUGUUCGAGCGGUUCCGAGGCGUAGCUAGACGUUCUCUGCCUGGACUAAAGGCGCCAGGAAUCCCGUCCGAUCCGACGAGAAGGAGAGAGUGCAACCGCGUGAUACGAUCGUGCGUUGUUCCAGCUCGAUCGAUCGUGGACCUCUCGACCGAGAGGCGUAGUACGGAUCUGGCUCUCCCAUGGAAUCGCGAUCCUGGCAGAGAACGAGCUGCUUCGGAUUCGACGCGCGGGGAAUCGCCAUAAUCUGAUGGAAUUGUCGGACACGCCAGCCACGACCUCGGCACCGCGUGGCGCGGAAAAUAGGCUGACAGAAGAAUCGCUUAAGGGUGGAAUUGCGGGGUGCUAGAGUGACGUAUCGUGGAAUUGCUUAGAGUGAAUCUUAACAGUGUCGGGUGUGGAUCAAGAGUCGCCGUGUGGAAUUCGAUUCGGAGCAUUGUUGAGUUGGAAUUGCUGGAUCAGGCAGCGAUUUUGAUUAUAGCUGGAACUUCGAUGUACAUCCGCACGAUGGAGGAAAAUUUUAAGGAGUUCCACUAGCAAGACCGUUUGGAAACUAGGAACCAGUGAGACGAACUCCGUUGGAAUUCCGUGGAACGGUGGUCGUUGAAAUCGGUGCUCGGUGUGUUUACGGAAAUCCUGAGAAGAACUGUUUUCCGAAUGCUGAAACAUUGGUGGAAUCUGAAAGGUUCGAGAUUAAGAUAAUAAUCAAGCACAAAGUGUACCGAGUAAAACACUCUGCACGAUAUAUCCGGAAAAGAGGACCGAAAUUCCAAAGAUCAGAAUCAGAAGAAUCGAAAAUAAAUCAGUCGACAAGACGCUAAGAAAAAUUCCCCGAAGAAUCGAAUCGGAGCACAAUAAAAAUAGAAAUUGUGUGAAACAAACGAGCAAUUCCAGAAGAAAUUGUCGCGUAGCUUCACGCCGUAUUCUCCCUGUUGGCAGAACUGGCAGUGUCCGCGUGUCUCCAAGCGAAACAGCCCCGCGCUCGGAAAUCGAUGGAAUUGCGCGAUACUGCGAAACCUUCGGAAGCUGGCUAAUGGAGGCAUUGUUCCUUGUGCGCCCAAAUGGCCGAGCUUCCGGCCGAAGCGACGACGAGAAAGCCUCGAGUGUUUCGAAUCAAUCGAUCCCCUCGUGUCCGACAUGGAAUCGCACCGUUUUCUCACUCUAACCCAUAGUUCCUCGAUCGAAAUCGCCACGAAAAGGACACCGAGAUGUCUAGGGGACUACCCCGAGAACAUCAGCAGAAGAAAAGAGAAGGGGUCGGCUGCUAGUUCGAUCUUCGUCGACGCGUCCGCGCAGUUGCAUCUUGCCAUAGAACGCGUUAUUAUCUCCCCCACCCACCCUCCUUUGAUCGUGUAAAUAAAUAACCGAGAGGAAUCGAAGACUGUGGUCCGUGAAUCACCGUGAUCCAUGGAUCAGCCGUGUCCCGCGUGCCGAAGGCCGCGUGGAUCUCUUUUAAUCCGAGGUUAGAGUGUACAUAGUUUGACAGAGAGAGAGAGAGAAAGAGAACGAGCGAUGAAUCUAGUGUGAAAGAAAGAAAAAAAGAGUGAAAGUAACGAAGAGUGGGUGUGAAAGUGUGCGUGUGCAGCGGAGAAGGAGGACAGAGUGCCAAAUUUCGUACCCUUAGGGAUGAUCCCAGUGUAAACUCGAGUUGUACUUUGCGAUUGUAUUUAAACGUCGUUGUCCCACGAGCGACCAGUAUUUUCCCUUUGUCGAUCGAUGUCUCCGAAAUGUACUGACGAUUUAAAUUAUUGUAUCGAUAGACCGUUAGAGGGGCGGCCCUGUUAGGGGAUGAUCGUUCUCCAAGGAAUUUCUUUCGUUUCUUUUUAGAGUCCCUUCGAUGAAUCAAGAUUCAGAGGAUUCCUCGAAGGGACUCGCGAGUGGUUUUCGCGUGACGAGGUGGAUCGAUCCAAGCGAGAUUCAAGGAAUCGUUGCCCGUGCAGCUCGCUCGGAUCGAUCGGUUUCUGAUUCUUGGCGAACGAUCAACUCCGCGGGGCUCCGUUUUGUAUAUAGAUUGUACAUAAAAAAAUUGUGAUUUUAC